AUAGAUUACAUGAAUGCAAAUAAAUUGCCGCAAGAUCAUCCCUGCGUUAUCGAAACUAUCCGACGACAUUACCUGAACAAACCUUCCCCGCCAGACGUGCCUCUAAAACUUGCUUCGGACGAUAGUGAUGACCGAUCGCCAGGACAAACUGGAGUCAUAUUCAGACUCUUGAAAAAUCAGACGAAAGGAUUUUUUGUGGAAUGUGGUGCCCUAGAUGGUGAAUAUCUCUCGAAUACUAUCGAUCUAGAACGUAAAUUCAACUGGAGUGGCGUCUUAAUCGAAGCCAAUCCACUCGUGUUCGAAUCGCUCUUGUCACGCAACCGUAAAGCAUGGACUUUACCAAUCUGCCUCAGCUUAAAACCGUAUCCUACUCAGGUUAGCUUUCAACCAAAACAGAACAGUGGCCUAAGUCACAUCGAAGGUGUGGCCAAAACAUUGCAGGAACCUGGGGAACCUGGAAUCGACCCUAAUCUAGUGACAGUCCAAUGCUUUCCUUUUUAUUCUGUUCUGCUGGCAGUUGGACGUACUAAGGUUGAUUUUUUCAGUUUGGAUGUCGAAGGCCACGAGCUCGAAAUCCUCAAAACUAUACCGUGGCACAAAGUUGACAUUAAGGCCCUAACAGUGGAAUGGGAUAAUAUACCGGAUGGUCAGGAAGCUCUGUCCCGUUUCAUGGAAGCAAGCGGAUUUAUUAGAGUUGGCGCAUUUGAUUUCCGCUUCACACGGGAUGUCAUCUUCAUUAAGGAUUUAAUCAACACUUAGCUGGACGUGGCGAUUAAUAUCUGUCUAGGAGGAAAAUUUCAUACAUUUUUUGCCGGGUAAAAGCAAAAUUAAAUUAGUCGUUUAUUUGCAAAUGUUCUAGCGUCUUUCAUUUUGCCCCGUUUUCUUGUUGACAAUACACAGGGCCUAAUUGUUUUCUUGAUUUAGGCAAAAGAU